AUGGCGACGGACUUUAGUCGGUUGACAGUCGUUGAACUGCGCCAGGAGCUGAAGCGGCGCAAUCUUUCACAGGCUGGAAAGAAAGCUGAUUUAGUCGACCGCUUGACGACAUUCGAGAGCGAACAAGCAGCCUCCGAACCCGAGGACCAUCCUAUGGAAGAAGCCCACGAGGCGCCCCUAGAGCAAGCUGGGUCGGAAGCCCAGAAUGGCCAGACCGCAGACAUUUCUCAAUCCGGCCAAGAUGCAGUCUCCGCUGUUGACGAGGCGCCGCAAAUUCCGACUAUCAGCGACCAACAGCCCGAGGACGCGCCAACCGCGGUUGGCGGGGCUUCCUCUGCAGAGCAACCUUUACAUCUACCACCCCAAGACCCGCGCUCCGAUGCUGUCACUUCCACGACCACCCCCGCUGAAGCGCCCUCGACAACCGAGAUGGUUACCGACGCUGUGAGCCGCAAGCGCCGGUCACGGAGCCCACCGCCCGAGAACGAGGCUUCAAGGAAACGACUACGACCCGAUGAUGAGCAAACUGGAGUAGGCGGUGCGACUGCUAGCCAGGGAUUGCAUCAGAAAACUCCAGAUCAAGACGUUUUCAAGACCCGCCCGGAACCGACCUUACAAACGGCCCCGGAUAAUGAGCUGGCUUCUGAACAGGCGCCGCAUCACGGCCGAGUAGAUGAGCCCGCCCCGGCUGAAGAACACGAUUGGAGACAGAACCGACAGCAAUCUUACGAGGAGCGGCCAGGUGGCGGCGUCGACGAGCCAAUGGCAGACUACGACAGAGACGUUGCGCCAGCCCAGCAUCCUGCCACGCCUGCCCUUUACAUUAAGAAUUUUAUGAGGCCUUUGAAGGAGCCGGUCCUGCAAGACUACUUGAUCGACCUCGCUGCGCUACCCGGCACCGCGCCCGACCCGGAUUGCCUUGUCCAUUUUUACCUCGACCAGAUUCGCACCCACGCGUUUGUCAGUUUCUCCAGCACCUCAGCCGCAUCCCGGGUCCGGACAGCUUUGCACGGCAUCGUGUGGCCCAACGAGCGUAACAGAAAGGAGCUCUGGGUGGAUUUCAUUCCCGAGGACAAGGCUGUGGAGUGGAGUGAGCGCGAGCAAUCCGCAGAGGGGCGAGCCUCAUCAGGUCGCUGGGAGGUCCGCUACGAGCCGGACGAGGACGGUACCAUCACCGCCAGCCUCGUCAACGCAGAGAUGGAGCCGGUCCGCCGCAACUCUACGAGACAACCUCUCCCCCCGCCGGCAGUCCCUACUGGGCCGUCCCGCAGCUACCCCGGCGUCGAAGGGGCGCCUUUGGGCCCGCGUGGCCGGGGCACAAACCACUACCGACAGGCGCAGGCAUUGCCCGCAGCCUCUCUAGCCGCUGCCAAUGAGCGCGAGCGCAACGAAGACUAUGGCCGAGGCGGUCGAAGCGGUCGAGACGUUCGCGAUGGCCGCGACUAUAGCACCACCCGCGCCAAUCCUCCUCUUCAGUACAAGCCAGCCUCCGAAGAGAUCGCCGAGCGCCGUCUCGGCCACCUGAAGGCGCACAUCACCCGCGACCGCCGCCGCGACCUAGGCCGCCCGGACGAGAUCAACCGAUACACCUUUGAGGACGGUGAUAUCUUUGUCGACCGCGGCAAGGAAGCUUUCAUUGGCAUCCGCCCGCCACACCGCGAGCGCGAGCGUCGCCGGAUGGGCAUUGGCCCUGGACGCGGCGGUAACCGUGGCCCUCCCCGCCGUCGCACACCUUCUCCGCGCCGUGGACCCCGCGACGAUGGUGGUUUCCGCGGUGGUGGUGGUGGCGGCGGCGGUGGUCGUCGGGAUGAUUUUGGCCGUUCAUACCGAGACCGAGACGAUGACCGCCUUGGCCGCUUCCGUGACGAGCCUCCUCGUUCACGCUUUGAUGGCCAGCCUCUCCCUACUUUCUCUGGUGGCGGUGGCAGCCGUGGCGGUAGAUGGGGUGGUGGUGGUGGGGGUCGCCGGGACCGCUGGUGA